UCCAUCCACCCCUGAAUAGCAAGAAUAAAAGGACAGAAAUAAUGAUUUUUUGAGGAUUUUUGACUACCAUCCAAUCAUUUUGUCCCGUGUAAAAUGACGAAAAAAAUUCUGCCAGACUGCUAAGGUUCAAAUCGGCUGUCUAUUCUCGUAAGCUAUUGAUAAAAUAUUCAAUAAAAUCUUCUCAAUUUUAUUCUAAAUAUUUAACAAACAUUAAUUUACACCUGAAAAUUUAAUUAUGGACCGGGAAAAGAGUUUUACUUCUCGUGACGACAUGAAGCAGUAUUUAGUAGAAAAUGAUAUUCAGUAUUUAUUUGAAGGAAUUCUGACGGGACUGAUGUACGUAAAACCAAGUGAUCCCCUACAUUACUUGGAAAAAUGCAUAGAGCUUGCAAAAACCAAAGGCAUUGGCGACUGUUCUUGGAGUGACUUCGUGGACAUGUACGAGAAAGAGAUCGGAGGCUCCGAUCAGCCCCCGGAGAGUUCGAGGGAGGAGAAACAACAGACAUUCAAAACCCAACAGAACUUUAAAUGAUCCUAAUCAAGACUCAAAGCCUUUAACUCAACAGGACAGGCGUGUAGAAUCGUAGUACUACUAUUAGUCAAAAGUUUGAGGUAUGGUAAUGCGACUGGUUUGAGCUAGUCAAAAAGACGCAAAUUUACCAAUCAGAAAACUCAUUCUACUCUGGUGUAUUUGAAUCAACAAAAUUUUAUUAAUUAUUUUCAUUUUCUGGCGCCGACCUGUCUAGCUACAAAUUAACAAAACACCAAGUUCUAAAAUCGCAAUGUCUCGCAAAUAUAUUCUUUCGCUGUACUUUUUAUGCGUACUAAUUAUCAAGUAUAAUAAACCUGUUUUAACUUUACCUGUUGAAAAACCAAUCAAUUCACGAGUAAUUCGAGAAAUUGACCCUGUCAAUUCCGGAUUACCUGAAGACGAGAGUGAACAAACUACCAUUUCAUCGGGUGAAGAAAUAACAGCUGAGCAAGUUUUGCUGAUGAAGGAGAAGUUGCGCCAGGUGUUUGAGUUGGACGAUGCGAUUCUGUGGAAGAAUGAGCCGGGUAAUCAUCAGAUGGCUCCGGAGUACAUGGUCGAUUUGUACCAACAAACUGCAGAUAUCCAGUCCGGACUGACCAAGGCUGGAAAACCAUACAAUGCUACAUUAGUGCGCAGUUUCCACAAUAAAGGUCUUGAAAACGAGAAGCAUUUCUGGUUCGACGUUGGUAAGAUGAAGGCACCUCAGAAGAACUUCGAUGAAGAUUCGUCACAACAGAAGUCGCCAACCAUGCAAGGAGCAGAGUUCCACAUCUACAAACAUGUGAAGAAGACAUCUAAUGACACUGGAGAGAAGAAAGAAACUGACAAUCACAAAUUCAUAGAAAUGCGUCUCUACUCGAUCUCCUUCAAAACUGGAGUUCAGACUUUCGAGCUCCUCGAAUCCCGCCCGGUCAACUCCCAUGGCUCCGGGUGGGAAAUAUUCCACGUGCACAACCCAGUCCAGUACUGGAUCGACAACCCACAUGACAACUUCGGACUGUACAUUGCAUUAAAAGGACUGGAUGGAAAGGAUGUCGACGAAGAUUCAAUUGAGAUGGAAAUUGUUACGCAGGCCAAGUCUAAACACAGUCCACUGUUGGUGUUGUUUUGUCAAGAGGGAACGCAUAAAAAACAGUUUGCAGAGUAUAAACAGGCAGACAGUUUAAUGGAAUCGGUUCCCGAAAAGAAAGACUUCAUUUCACGCAACAGAAGAUCACCUGGACAAACUUCAACUCAAGCUGAAAACACUGACAUAACAACUCAAGGCCGCGAUCAAAAACUACGUAACCGAAUGGUAGGCGACCAGCCGAUGUGGUCACAAAGGCGAAACUGCGAGCGGCUGCCUUUGUACGUUGACUUCUUCGAAAUCGGAUGGUCAGGCUGGAUUAUUUCGCCUAGCGGAUACAACGCGUAUUACUGUCAAGGCGAAUGUCCAUUCCCGUUAGGUCAAAUGCACCGACCUUCCAACCACGCCACAGUUCAGAGCAUCGUCAAUGCCAUUGGCCCGAAACUAGAAUCAGGUGCGAAAAUACCCCAACCGUGUUGUGUACCCGACAAACUGUACAGUAUAAGUCUGCUUUACUUUGACGAUAGCGGCGACGUCAUUUUGAAGCAGUACGAUGACAUGGUCGCAGCGUCUUGUGGAUGCCACUGAAAUGGAAUUCUCCAUUAUUCCUUUUCCAGAUAUUUGAGAUCAAACACUUUGUUGAUGUAUGAAAACCCCACGGUUUUGUAUUGCAAUUCAGAUAAGCUAUAUUUAUUUUUAUAUA